AGACGGAGUCUGUAAGGCAGAACGGACUGGAAGACCGUGACGGCAGGAGCCUGUGACGUCCGAAGUCAUGGAGACCAACCAGGACACCUCCCUCUUCCUGAUGAAGAUCUUGGAGGAGCUGGACAGCAAGCAAAACACCGUUUCCUACCAGGAUCUGUGCAAGUCCCUGUGCGCCCGCUUUGACCUCUCCCAGCUCGCCAAGCUGAGAAGCGUGCUCUUCUACACGGCUUGCCUCGACCCCAACUUCCCGGCCACGCUGUUCAAAGACAAGAUGAAAUGUACCGUGAACAACCAGCAGUCCAAGAAGAUCAUGGUGGCCGCGGACAUCGUGACCAUAUUCAACCUGAUCCAAAUGAACGGGGGCGCCGCCAAGGAGAAGCUGCCCACCAGCCGGCAGAAGGUGCGCAAGAAGGACGCGUCCUUCGAGUUGUGCCGCUCGGACACGGAGGUCUGCACCGCCGCCGCGUGCGAGCCGGUCGGCUGUGAGCUGAGCGACAGGCCCUUCCACCGGGGCUACCCUGCCCGGCAGUCCUCCCAGGGCCGGAAGGCCGACCGCAAGGACUGCCCGCAGUUCGUGCCCGCCUCCGAGCCCAACUUCCUGCUGGGCGUGAGCAGAGAGCUGAAGGGCCGGGCGGCCUCCCUGGACCGGCUGCAGACCCUCGCCCCCCCCUACUCCGGGGCCAGCCCCCAGCCCUGUGAGAUGCAGAGAACCUACUUCCCCAUGAACAUCGAGAACGAGUCCAUUUCGGACCAGGACUCCCUGCCCAUCAGCCAGGGCAUCAAGGGGACCUUCCUUUCCAGCGAAGAGCCGUUCAUGGUGCCGUCUUGUGUCCAGAAAAGGAACAUCUUUAAAGAGGAUUUCCAUAAUCUGAUGACCGUGUCCCCCACGCUGGUGGGCCCUGCUAACAAGGCGGAGGCCGAGCACGGGGAGCCCCAGGGCCGGAAGGAGCCCCAGAAGACGGCCUUCUUCAACCGCAGCUUCGAGGUGCCCUACAGCAGCCAGUACCUGAAUCCCGAAUACUCCCCUGUGCCCGACAAAAGGCGCGCAAAGCACGAGAGCUUGGACGACCUUCAAGCCUCCACGUACUUCGGACCCACGCCGGUGAUGGGGACGCAGGACGCCAGGCGCUGUGCCGGGAGGCCGGGCAAGCAGAUCCCCUGGCCGGCCAAAAGCUGGAGCCUGAACACCGAGGAAGUCCCUGACUUUGAACGGUCCUUUUUUAACAGAAACCCCUCUGAGGAGAAGCUGCGCUACCCUAAUCCCAGCAGCCAGAGCCCCGGUUUCCCUACCCCAGACAGGCGCCCCCCUUACCUGGUGCCGAAGGACCAACAGCCCAUCCUGCCCGUUGGCUACACGGCGAAACCAAACGCGCUCAGGUGUAAAGAGCUCUCGUCCCCGGUCGAGCUGGAGAAGCACGAGCCGGUCAGGAAGUUCAAAGACAAGAGCAUCGGCUGCACCAGUGGGCAGCUCGGCUCGGACACCAGCAGCGUGGGCACUCAGACGGAGCAGCACGUGCUGGAGGCCAAGAAGCGCAAAGACCUGUGCAGCUCGGGGCAGACCACGUACAGCGACAGGCACGCCACCAAGCAGUCCGACGACGACUCGGAAAUCGUCAGCGACGACAUCAGCGACAUCUUUCGGUUUCUGGAUGACAUGAGCGUCAGCGGCUCCACGGGCGUGAUGCCGUCCUCCUGCUACAACAGCACGGGGUCCCUGUCUCAGCUUCACAAGUCCGACGGCGACAGUUCCCCCGAGCACAACCUCGCCAAAACUGCCAACGGGCUUCCCGGCAGCAAAGGAGAAAAGGGCAACCGGCCUGACAACAGCCACCCCUCGGACGAGGAGCUGAAAACCAGCGUGUGCAGACUGGUGCUCCGCAUCGGUGAGAUUGAGCGGAAGCUCGAGUCACUGUCCGGGGUCCGCGAGGAAAUCUCCCAGGUCCUGGGCAAGCUCAACAAGCUGGAUCAGAAAAUGCAACAGCCCGAGAAGGUGGGUGUGCAGAUCGACCUGAAUUCCUUGACAAGCGAGGCUCCGUCGGACGACAGUGCCUCUCCGCGCAUGUUCCGCGCGCCCAGCGGCCCCCGGGGACCCAAGCUGGAGACCGCGGCUGACUGGUACUGCUCGGACGCCAGCGGCAGCAACAGCGAGAGCCUUCGCGUCAAGGCCUUAAAGAAGAACCUCUUCACCCGGCCGUCCUCCAGGUCCCUGACGGAGGAGAACAGCGCUACGGAAUCCAAAAUCGCCAGCACAUCCAACUCACCCAGAGACUGGCGCACCAUCACGCAUGCCAGCCGCGGGGGCCUCGGGGAGGAGGACGGCAAGGACAGAGGCCCCGGGGAGAGUAAGGACUGGCACCGCAAGGCCAAAGAGGCGGACAGACAGUACGACGUCCCCCCCCAGCACCGACUGCCCAAGCAGCCCAAAGACAGCUUCCUGGUGGCGCAGGUGUUCAGCCCGCGUCCCCACCCCGCCUCCCUCAGAGCCCACCUGAAGAGCAACCCCCUGUACACGGACAUGCGUCUGACCCAGCUGGCCGAGGUGAAGCGCGGCCAGCCCUCCUGGACCAUCGAGGAGUACACGAGGAACGCGGGCGACAAGGGCAAGCUGACCGCCCUGGACCUGCAGACGCAAGAAUCUUUGAACCCCAACAACCUGGAGUACUGGAUGGAGGACAUUUACACGCCGGGCUACGACUCCCUGCUCAAGCGCAAGGAGGCCGAGUUCAGACGGGCCAAGGUCUGCAAGAUCGCCGCCCUGGUGGCGCCCGCCGCCUGCACCGUCAUCCUCGUCAUCGUCGUGCCCAUCUGCACCAUGAAGUCCUGA